AUAGGGCUCAGCAUGAACGCUCCACGGCAAAAGGAUGUGUGAGCAGGCAGCGCGUUACUGCAGGGACGGUGUCCACAAACUGCUCAACAAAGAACAAGCCAAACUCCGGGCUCAGGACAGCAAAGAUCAACCGAAACCCGAAGCUCAGGACAGCGAGUCAGCGACGGCUGCACAGUCCGGAAACAGCGGCUCUCAGCCCGGUGGAAUUGACGGGCUUGUCCGCUGGAUAGUUACCAAGAUGAGCGACAAUAAAAGCAUCUCGACCCGGGAGUACGCGAAGGAGGAGGCGGCGGUGGCUCAGGAGCAGUUCUUCGCACCGGAGCCGCGUAAAGGCAUCUCCGUCAUACUGGAUAUAUUCCGGAGAGCUGAUAAGGAUGACGAUGGCAAGCUGUCUCUGGACGAGUUCCAGGCCUUCUUCUCUGACGGAUCUCUGAAUGAGGAGGAACUGGAGAAACUGUUCCACACCAUAGACUCAGACAACACCAGUAAUGUUGACACCAAGGAGCUAUGUGACUACUUUGCCAAGCAUAUGGGCGACUAUGAAGGAGUCUUGGCCUCAUUGGAGACUCUCAACCUGUCUAUCCUCAAAGCCAUGGACUUUACCAAGAAGGUGUACGAGCGAGGGAGCAACGUGGAGCAGUUUGUCACCCGUUUCCUGUUGAAGGAGUCAGCCAAUCAGAUUCAGUCCCUGCUCAACUCCGUGGAGAGUGCUGUGGAUGCGAUUGACGAGCAGCACAGCCACUCAGGGCCUCAGCGAGCCAAGGUGAGUCCCAGGGUUCCAGAGAAGCGGAAUGAGAACCCCGUUGUCCCUGACUACCCGCCUAACAACAGAGUCAACACCAGGGAGACCGUCAGAAACAUCAACACUGCCACAGCAGGGGUCGUGGAGGUGAGGAAAGAAGGUCUGGAGGUUCAGAUCAACCGCCUGGCUGAGCUCAUCGGUCGCCUGGAGACCAAGACAAUGUGGUUUGACCUGCAUCAGAGGCUAACAGACACAGAUGCAACCCCCAGCGCAUCCUUGUUCCUGAUUCGCCAGGAGAUGGUGGUUACCCAGAAGCACCUGGGAGAGUACUGUGAGGCGCUGAAACAGUAUCUGAAGAACGUGUCGGCCCAGAAAGACUGCUUCCAUGUGACAGCGGUGCGUCUGCCAGACGGACUGUCCUUCGUUGUCUAUGAAUUCUGGGAUGGAGAGGAGGAGUGGAAGAGGCAUCUCCAGUCUGGGCCCACGAAGGCAUUCCAGCAUGUGAAGGUGGACACACUGUGUCAGCCUGAAGCUGUGUCUACUGUAGCUGUGCCAGCCGCCUGGUGCAGUCUGAACAGAGACUGAUGAGGGGCGUGGCCGAAAGCCAUACCCCCCCACACACCUCCCCCAACCCCUCCCCCUCAUGCCUCUCACCCCCCCCCUCCACCCUGCCCCCACCCCUCUGUAAGUUAAUGUUUACACAGUAGCAAAUGAAAUAUGUCGAUUGCAGUGAAUAUUGAGCGGCAGGAUUAUCUCCAUACAUCUUCACAAUGUAGCAGUCACCCUGUGUUUGAAUUCACAAUGGAAAAGGGAUUUGUAGCAGUUGACCAAAGGUUCGAUUUCCCUUGGAGCGUAACCUCGCGGUCAAUCUGUGCUGGUCAAAUUGCUCCAUGUAGCGGUCACCUAAUGGUCAAGUGGACCAUGGAGCAGCUACUUUAUAGUCAAUCUGUAUCAUGUAGCGGUCAUCUAAUGGUCAACUUCUCCAUGUAGCGGUUAUCUAAUGGUCAACAAAAAAGAAAAUUGACCUGCAUGUCACCCUGUCUGAUUCUGAGCCUGCUUUUUAAGAGAAAGUAACAUAUGUAAAUGGACAGGAUAGAGAGGGGAGGAGAAGAGAUGUAGAAGUGAGACUGAAAGGAACUGAGUAAGAUACAGUGAUUGUCUGUGAGGGGAGGGGAGGGGAGGGGCAGAAGGAGAAAACUGGAGAAAUAAAUUGCGACGGGGAGAUAAAACAAUACGAAGUAUCGACAGGUAUCUCUGUGACAGGUAUCUCUGUGUUCUCCAUUGUGCAGCUGAAUCUUGUUUUUCCCUGUCGUGUUUGACAAGUGUUUUUGUUUGAAUCAGCGAUGGAUAUUUUAGCUGUCUAGUGACAUUUAUUCCUAUGAAUUCCUGUUCUUCUAUGAUUCUAUUAUGAUUCUGGCGUUCAGUUUGUGUUGGUGUCUGUAGUGUUCUAGUGUGGGACCUCCUCCUAUCAGUCACUCCCAGACGGUUUACAUUCAGAGAGAACUCCUCCACAAUCUCAGAGAGGAGGACAGGGGAGGGGCGGGAUAGAGAAGAAGGAGGUGUGGGAAAUGAAGGACUGUGUUGAGGUCUGAGGUUAGGGGACAGGUUUAGGUUAUGGGUGGAGGGGCAGUGCGACAGGGGAGUGGGUUCUAGUGAAUGAAAACUUCCCGGAACUGCAGCUACGGUAGCUCUCUCACUUGACCUCCACACCACAAUGUUCAUUGCAAUUAACCAAAAGAGCCUAAGUGUUCACGUCUUGACGCAGCCAAUGACAGGACUAGGUUCAUGUUGUACCGACCAAUGCGAAUGUCCAUCCACCCACUCAGCUUUCGAGAUCAUUGAAGAUCAACCACAGCCCAGCUAAAACCCAACCACGUGGAACCCAACCACAACCUACAGUAGACAAAACACAAUGCAACCCAAUCGAACACAUCCAACUCUUACCUAACCACAUUUGAACCAUAACCUUUACCUCCCUGGACCUCAACACAACCACAAUCAGACAGCCACCCUGAAAGCACAAUGUAAAUGGAUAAAUAUUGUAAUUCUAAAGAUAUAUAUAUCAUAUAUAUAUAUAAACAUUUGAAGGCAUUAGAAAUGAUGAAAACAGAACCUAUUGACGUUUUACAUGUAAAAGGUUGAAUUAUUUAGGAGUCACUGAUCUUUGUUUACCUGUAGAGGGCGUAAUCUCCCCCCUCACCCGCUCCUCUCAGAUGUAGACAGACUGAUAGCCUGUUGUCUUGACAAAUCCAGAACACCUCUUUCACUGACUGUUGAGUUCAUUAGCAGUAAUAAUCCCCUCUCCUUCAGUCAGGGACAGUAAUAUCUACCUACCUACCUGCCCAGGUCACCCCUCACCCCCUCGCAGAAACCAGGAACGUAUGCAUCCUGAUUGGUUUACAAGAGGGGAGACAGUUCUGAGAUCUGGGCUACCCUGAGCAACACUGCGAUGCAGACCCAGACAACACUGUCUGCCAGACCAUUAACAGGGAGAACAGAGAUGAAUCUAGACAGGGUGAUAGGAUAGAAAUACCUCAACUAGACACGGCAAUAGUAUAGAAAUACCACAAUAUGGAUGGAUGGAUGGAUGGACACAGGGUAGUAGUAUAGAUAUACUACAACUACACAGCAAGACAGUAUAGAAAUAUCACAACUAGACAGUAUGAUAUUAUAGAAACACUCCAACUAGACAGGACACCCACAAACAGUGAUUCCAGUAUUUUUCUUUCCUGAAAGAGACCUGGUGUGUGUCAGGCUGGCUCUCUGUGUUCUGCUGGGCUUGGUUCAGUGUGUGUGGGGUCUAAUGUUCCUCCACCCUACCUUCAACAUUCAUGGCUGUUCCCUGACUGUGCUAGCUACUGUUUUCUAUCCUUCACUGAGUGCAUGAUCUAGCUGAAUGUCCAGUAACAGGUUUGCCGUAGUCUUUAGCUAUGCUACUGUAUGGGUUUGGUGCAUUUCUUAUGUUUAUUUUCUAGUAUUAUUCCUAUAAAGGAGACAAAAUAAAUAUAUAAAUAUACAUAUAUAGAAAAUGGCAGAAUGAACCUUCACUUUUAAGGCAAUGUUUAUGAAAUAACACUUCUGCUCACGUAUGUUUCAGUAACAAGGCGUUCUCUCUCUGAGUGUUGAGACUUAUUGCAGGGAUGCAAGUAUUCUAUUUCGUCUUCAAUCUUUGUUGAAGUUCUAGACCAUGUAGAGUGAUGCGAUUCAAUAAAACAAAUG